UGUCAAAACGUUUCUGUUCCUUAGGUAAUUGAAGUAAUGCAUCGAAACGAAAUUUUGAUCAUUGCCUUUAGUAAUGUGUUUUAGGCCAUUGAUAUUAUUGAAGUAUAAAUAGUUAAGUUACAUCCUCUUCAACAGCUUAAGAUUUUGGAAUAGAUAGUUGUUUAAUAUAGUAUCAAAGUAAGAGGUCUUUGUGUUCGAAUCUCUUCAUCACCCUAAUUAUUAAAAAGAUUUUCAUGUGCUAGGCCCUAAAUUUAGCCAGCAUGUGAGGGGACGUGUUAAAGUACAAAUACUUCAGUUAUAUCCUUCACACAUAUUAAACUUUUGGAGUAGAUGGUCAUAAACUAUAUUGACUUUAGAUUUACAUAGUACUAAACUUUUCAGUUUCAGACUUAUCUAACUUUAAGUAUAAAUAUCUAUUUUGAAAUAUCUAUAUGCCUUGUUAUUUUUUAUGUAGUUUGUCAUCUCUCUCUCUUGCUCUCGUUGAAACUAGCCCUAAUUCCCUAAACUCAGCAUCUUUUUUUCCCAAAAAAGAAACCUUUUUUGUUGUUCAAUGAGUCCCCAACUGUGAAAUUAGCCUUUGAUUCUAAGAAAUAUACUUAUGUAGCUUUGUUCCAGUCUCCAUCUCUCUAUUAUUCGUAUUCUUUUUGACUCUAUUUAGGAAUCUUUUCACAGGAUGUUGAAAUUGGUUAAGGAUAUGAAUAACUCUUAAAGUAGGUUUAGAAAAUAUUGUGUAUAUGUACUAUAAUAUAAUGUUCAAAAUUGACUAAUUUUUCUAAUAAUCUUGCUGUAAUUAAUGCGGUUGAACUAGUUAAAAUGAGUUGAAUUUGUGGGGCCUUGACAUAAUGGUAAGGCUGCUCCACUGAGCGCCAAGGGAUCAAGUCACAAAAACAGCCUCUCAGUUCCUUGAGUCUCCCCAAACUCUGUAGUGCCACGAGUGUCUUGUAGUGGGCUGCUAUUUUUUUAUUUUUUUUUUGUGUGCGCUUCGCAAGGGAAUUAGCUGUUUUUGUAGAAUAUAAGUGAGAUGCUACUGAGAUCUAUAGAUGUUGUAUUUUCGUGAAAUUUUCUAAUUUUUUUGUAUGCAAUGGAAUUGUAUGGAAUUGUCUGGAAUGAUAGGCAAAUGAAAGACAUUUUCAAGAUUCUUAUUCAUCCACGUGCAUCUUGUUUGCUUGAAUCCUGCGCUUUGCUUUGCGCGGGGGACACUUGAGACCUUGGUAUUUUGGUGCAAUUUUCAUCUUAAAUAAUGUUGGGCAUGGGCUCAUUAAUAUAUAUCUUUCAGGUUGUCACCCUUUAUUGCCCUCCAUUUGUUUGCUGGAUCUGAAACAAUAGUCCCAUUCAUGUUAUUUCCUUUUAAAUAUUUGUGCCUUGUUGAUCUGUUAUGAAUAUGAAUUUGAUUAUUAUUUUUUUCUUCCACAAUGUGAUAUGUGUGGGGUCUUUUUAGGGUUUGAAGAUGAUAUUUGAUUAUGUUGUUGUGUUACAUUAAAGUUCUAAUUAUAUUUACAAGAAAAUUUAAAGUACUUUGUUUGGUUGUACUUCUCUCUCUCUUCUCCUCUCUCUACCAACCCUUGAACCCUUGACCUUAUGGUGAGAAUUGUACUCUGUUUGGUUGUACUUAAGUUGUCCUCGUAGUGUUAUUUGUCAUUAGAUUUUAUCGAUAUCCAUAUGCCAUUAAGUAAUAUAUGCAGUUAGGCACAAAAGUUGGGAGAAUAAUGUGUUGCUAAAGAAUGAAAUAACCUUAACUUCCAAUAAUAUUAAAAUUACACUUUGUAUUCCAAUUUGUCCACUACGAAUAAAGGGUUCAUUAUCUAUGUAAUUAGAAAAUGUUACCAAUAUAAGAACAGUAGUAAGGAUCAAUCAUGGAGAUUCAACGUGGGUCCUUUGAAUGGAAGAAAAGUAGUAAUUUGGUUUUCACUUUCUUUGCAGAAAUCAAAGAUGAAUUAUCGUGCAUGGAAUCAUCGUUGCUGGUUAGUUUCUUACAUGUCACUGGAUCAGGUACUGCAUGAGUUCAAAAAAUCUCAAGAUUGGGCUGGAUUACAUGUUGCCGAUAACUCUUGUUUUCACUACCGUACACGGUUAAUGCUCAGAAUGUUGGAGGAUUCAUGUCAUAGACAGGAUUCUAUAGCAUGCUUCAGUUACUGUGCAGAACUUUAUGAAGUGUGGAAGGAAGAGCUCAAUUGGAAUGAGAUGCUAAUAAAACGCUAUAUAGGAAGAGAGGCUUUGUGGCUUCAUCGCCGCUUCCUCUCCAUAUGUUGGAUAAAUCAUUUUGCAAGAACCAGUACCGGCGAUGUGUCCUGCCAUAUUGAUCACAAAAUUGGCAGACAUUGCGACUUUGAUAUGUUUAUGAAUAAUGAAUUACAACUCUUCCGCUCCUGCACAACUAUUGUUGAUGAUGACUUUGAGGAUUAUCAAGCGCAGGCAACGUAUUCCGCCAUUUACAUAUUGUGGCUCACAAAGCAAAUAUCACCCCGUUUUGGAUUUGAGCUUCAAAAAAAACUACGAGCAGGUGAGCUGGAGAUACUGCUUAGUAAGGUCUCAGAAAAGACCUCCGUUUGGGAUUUUUUAGGCGUGGAAUGUGGAAGCAAAUAACCUUUGUAGCAUGAUUUGGGUUGUCCUAUUCUUGUGGUAAAUGUAAUGUCUUGGCGCUCUGAGCUUAUUUUAACGAGUGUCAACCAUGCAUAGUCUGAACUACAUGAAAAGCUGUUACCAUCUUGCAUUCAAAACACUUCUAACCGAACUGACAAUUUGUAUAAAGAUGACAGGAACGCCAGAUAAGUUUUAUCCAAAAUGAAAAUUGAAAUUCCAUCUU